AUGCCGUCAAUUCAAGACUUCAAACCUUAUGUCGUAGUUGUUGGGGCUGGACCUGCAGGACUCCUGCUUGCUCUCUUGCUUGCGAAGAGGAAUGUGCCUGUGCAAGUUAUCGACUCAAACAAGUCUGUGCCGCAGCAGGCAAGAGCUACACAUUAUGCAUCACCAGCCGUCUACGAGCUUCAGCGUGCUGGUGUACUCAACGAAGUACGGUCAGAAGGAUUCAGUCCUGGCAAAGUCGUGUGGCGAAAACUUGACACCAGUGUCAUCGCUGGCAUUGAUGGUACUCUUAUGAAAGACGAAUACGACCGAAUGGUCUGCUUACCUCUAAAUCGAUUGUGCGAAAUUCUGCUUGACAGGCUCGCACGCGAAUCUCACGCGGUUGUUUCAUGGGGUUACCAAGCUCUAUCUAUCGGGCAAGAAGAUGAUGAAGCGUGGAUAGAAGUCGAAUAUGGAGGUCAACGAGAAACGAUCACAGCGUCGUACAUUGUUGGCUGUGAUGGCGCGAACAGUCAAAUUCGACGCUCGUUAUUUGGUGACUGGGAGUUCCCUGGCAAAACAUGGAACGAGCAAAUUGUGGCGACCAACACUUAUUAUGAUUUCGAUAAGUAUGGCUAUGAUGACUCAAAUUUCAUCAUUGAUCGAGAGCAUUGGCACAUGGCUGCUCGGAUAUCCAAAGACGGUCUCUGGAGGGUGACUUACGGCGAGAUCCCUGGGUUGACAUCAGAUGAGCUGCGAGCGAGAAUGGAUGACAAGUUCCAUACAUUUUUGCCAGGAAAACCGCAACCGCACGAGUACGAAGUGGUAAACUUCAGUCCCUACAAAGUGCACCAGAGAUUAGCUCCUAAGAUGAGAGUCGGGCGUUUUUGCAUUGCUGCAGACGCCGCGCAUUUGUGCAACCCAUUUGGUGGGCUCGGCCUUACGGGCGGUAUUGUUGAUGUAGGUGGACUCUACGAUUGCUUGGCUGGUAUAUAUGAAGGCAAGGCAGACGACAGCAUUCUGGACAAGUACGAUGAGAUAAGGAGGCAGAAGUAUAACGAGAUUGUGGAUCCUAUAUCAAGCUCGAAUCUCCGCCGUCUUUUCGAUCAGGAUCCAAACACAGCUCUUGAGAACGAUGAGUUUCUCAGACUGUGUAAGAAAGCAGAGAAGGACCCUGUGCUAUCGCGCCAAAUGCAAAGAGGGGCUGAUGCUUUGAAACACGACUUCACUCAAUACUACAAGACCUGA